GCAUCGCUGAGGGGUCAGCGGCAAAACCACGCUAAAACCUAGCAAAUCCGCCCCAAAUCGGCGACCGCACGCACGCCGUCGCAGCCAUGGCGACCUCCUUCGCGUUCGGCAAUUCCGGCGGUGCGGGAUCCACCUCGUCCUCCCCCUUCUCCUUCUCCACCGCCCCAUCCGCCUUCGGCUCGUCCCCCGCCCCGGCGUUCGGCUCGUCCCCCGCCCCGGCGUUCGGCUCGUCCCCCGCCCCGGCAUUCGGCUCGUCCCCCUUCUCCGCGACCACCGCUUCCUCCGCUCCGGCUUUUGGUUCAUCCCUCUUUGGAUCCGCCCCCGCCUCCGCGUCCGCUCCGGCCACCGCCACCGCUUCCUCCCCGUCCCCUUUCGGCUUCGGGGCCACCACUGGUUUCGGGUUCUCUCAGCCCGCGGCCACCUCGCCCGCCUCACCCCUCUUCGGCGCACCCGCCACCUCCGCCGCGGCAACCACGCCUAGCAUAUUUGGGGCCGCCACGACCACCCCCAGCCCCUUCGGCGCACCGGCCACCUCGUCUGCGGCCACCACCCCAAGCCUCUUCGGCGCCGUCUCCCCCCCCGCGGCCACACCAGGUCUCUUCGGUGCGACCACCGCCGCCGCCAGCACCCCCAGUAUAUUCGGCGCCGUCUCUUCCCCUGCGUCCACCCCUGGCCUUUUCUCUGGCGCCGCCACGGGAUUCGGCUUUGGCUCAUCGGCAUCAGGCUCCACCACCGCCUCCACACCGUCAUUCGGCUUCGGCGCGCCCGCCGCAUCUAGUACCGCUACUACCUCGGCUACUGGUUCGUCCUUGUUUGGAUCCACCUCCACCGCUCCGUUGUUCGGCACCGCGGCCUCGUCUCCUGCAACCACUGCCACGACCGCGCCAUCCCUUGGUUUUUCAUUAGCGCCAGCAACUACUGCCUCUGCUCCGUCGUUUGGUUUCACGCCGGCAUCAGGAAGCACGACGACGGCCAGCACCACCCCUUCCUUGUUCUCGAGUGCUCCCUCAGCAUCUGCCUUCUCGUUCUCCAACAGUGCGUCCGCUGCCCCCACCACGCCCGCCUCUGCGCCCGCCAGUGGUUUCUCCUUGGCAACUUCGCAGGCUGCAUCUGCUCCGUCAUUGUUCUCUAAUACUGCUGCAGCUGCAAGCUCCUCAGCGAGCUCUCUUAGCUCCCCGUUUGGUGCAUCUUUUGCUACCCCCACGCCAACAUUUGCUUCUGCUUCCUCAGCAAGUGCAUCCGCUGUGCCAUCAGCUACGGCUGCCCCUGCAACAUCGGGGUCAUCAUUGUUCUCCGGUAGCGGUUUCAGCUUUACAGUACCGCCGGCUUCAUCAGCCGCAGCAGUUACAACCACUGCCACCACUAUCACUACUUCUGCAGCCACAACUCCUUCUACCACAACGACUGCAUUUCCUAGUUUUAGCUUGCAAGCGGCCACACCAGCUUCUGCCUCAACUUCGGCAACUCAGUCCACACUGCUUGGUGGUUCUACUACAGGUGCGAGCACACUAGCCACCAUCACCACCACAAGUCAGGCGACUUCCUCAGCUGUUCAAGCCAGUAGCACUGGAGCUAGUACGAGUGCUAUCACUCCAGCAGCAUCUCAAGCAGCUAAGCUUCCGUCAGAAAUUGUUGGUAAAUGUGUCGAGGAGAUUAUUAGAGACUGGAACAAUGGGCUUCAAGACCGCACUGCAAAGUUCCGGAAGCAUGCCACUGCCAUAUCUGAAUGGGACAGGAGAAUUCUGCAAAACAGGAAUGUUCUUAUAAGGCUUGAAGCUGACGUGGCCAAAGUCGUUGAAACACAAACAAGCUUGGAGAGGCAACUUGAGUUGAUAGAAACUCAUCAGAAAGAGGUGGACAAGGCUCUGCAGAGCAUGGAGGAGGAAGCCGAACGUAUAUUCCAGGAUGAACGGGUCUUACUUCGUGAAGAUGAGGCUGCCUCGGCAAGGGAUAUAAUGUACGAGCAAGGUGAAGUUGUGGAGAAUGAGUUGCAGCGUAUGACAGAACAAGUAAAAUCCAUCAUUCAGACCAUGAAUUCUACUCAGGGUGGUGAGCUUGAGGCUACAGAUACCAUGGCACCAUUUGAUGUUGCUGUCAGGAUACUGGAUAAUCAGCUGCGCUCCCUAAUGUGGAUUGACGAGAAGGCAAACGAGUUCUCGAACAGAAUACAGAGACUGCCCAACAAUAGUACUGCGGCUGAGCGCGACUCAGGAAUCCCAAGGUUUUGGUUAAGCUGAUUCAGUCUUGGAUGGAGAUUUGGUGGUCUACUCGUGGGUAUUAAAACGUGCUAUAUACAGUAUGUUGGUACUUCUGCUGUUUCAAAGUAGAAGUUUCACCGCUUUCCCCUUCAUUCUAGUACUGCUGUGACAUGUGUCUGUUAACAUGAUUUACCGUGUUGACGCUGUUCAUUGGAAUUCAAACUGCUUGUUAGACGAACUACUCUGCUUCAUUAUAACAGAUUAAAAAAAAAUGCUCUAUCGUUAA